AUGCAGCCUCCCAUCCACUCCAGAGGCACCGGCCGUUCCGGACCUAAGCGCAAAACCGGUUGCCUGACUUGCAGACGACGCAAAGUACGCUGUGACGAAGCUCGUCCGGUCUGCGCAAACUGCAUUCGUCUUCGGCUAGACUGCGAGUAUGUCGACCCCAAGGCCCGCUCCCCCGCCAGGCCGCAAGCCCUCGAACCAAAAUUGCAGGCUCCCACGCAGGCACUUGUUACCUCACAGCCAUUCAACAUCCCCACCACGUCUGCAUAUCACUUGCCUACGGGUGUCGCCAAUCCCUAUACUGUCGAUGAGCACGAGUGGGACCUUGCCAGCGAGCCGAGUAGCACUUUCAAUGCUCCUCUCCCCAGCAACUAUUUCCCAGACUUUACAGACUUCGAUGCUGAUCUUGGUCUUGUGGAAGCAGUUGGGCCGGAAUACAGCUUUGGUGGCCCUCGCAGAGGCGACAUGGGUGCUGCUUCUGCUGAGCUGACGGCCACUGCUGCAGCCUUUGCGUCUGGACAAGCAAAUCCCGUCGGUUGGCAGCAGAAUUUGAUUGAUUACUUCGUAGACUCAAUCAAUCCGACUCUGUUGAUUGUUCCAACCGACAAUGAAUGGCGUUACGCGUGCCCAGCCAUCCUGGCCAUGGCGAGACAAUCUCCCGCUGUGCUCUCCAGUGUACUUGGCCUCUCCAAGCUCCAUCUCGCGUACACCACCGCGGCCGCGGAUGAUUCAUCGGCAGAGUGGAUGGCUUACUACCAUUCCGCAAGCCAGAUGACUGAGUCGAUCUUUGGCAGCGCGGAUGUCGAACCCGAGCAACUUGCGCAUGCUUUCGCAAGUACAUUUCUCUUGGCAUGUAUUGAGCUGACCACCGCGACUACCACCAUAUCCAAUCGCCUUGCCUGGCCGCUUCGUCAUUUGCGAGGCUUCCAACAUCGACUACGUCGAAACUACGAUCGUAUCCGCUCGUGGUUGGGCCCUAAGAAGCAAUUGAUCCUGUGGACUGGGAUGCUGCAGGUAAAAGCCCAAUGGAUCACCAAUGAUGCCUCUAUGCCUCAAGUGCCAGCAUCAUCAUCGCAGUCCCUUGAAGAUGAAUCUAUUUUUGAGCCAAACCUCGUUCACGCACUUGGUAGUCAAAGUCGUCUCCCGCGGCCCGCAGAUCCGGUGAUGUCCGAUUCUUCAACUGAACCCAACCGCGAUCGCAACGAAGCCUCACAGAGCGCGUCCAAUUGGGCCUACGAUGCACUCAACCAGCCUGGCCUGGAAUUUUUCCUCAGAGCCCAGGCCUUUGUUACUCCCAUCAUCAGGCUCAAAAGUCCUCAGCUCCACCACGAGCGCAAUCUGCCGGAACACAACACCAUGCAAGACGGCCAACGCAUUCUUGCAGAGCUGCACAGCCUAUGGUCUGCCUCUCCCCAAGUCACGACCCUUCUGAACAACCUGAAGCAGCUGGACCAAUCACUACAGCCGCAACUAGCUCGAAGGAUCGUGCUGAAUACCCGAGUCUACGUCGCUCAUUUCUACGCGCAAAUCAUCAAUCUACACCGAUCUGCUUUCCCAAACGCCCCGGCAUCUCAUGACGUGCAGACUGCAACGCGCCGUAUCAUCGAGCUGACCAGAGAUAUUCUACUCGAUCUCGUCCAACACAUUGGGUCACAAACCACUUCUCCUUCGGACAUAUCGACCCCCGGACGUGCAGACAGCAUAACCGACUCCCUGCAGAUGGGCCGAAACCUUGACUCCCCGUCACAAUCCCUGGGCUUGACCCCAACAAUGAUGUGGCCGCUUUUCCUCGCCGCCACCGAAUGCGGCGCACAAGAUCGUGCGUGGAUCACACAGGUUUUGCACGGCAUCGAUAAGUGGCAAUGUCCCAGUGCUGCUCGGAUCGUCCCUCUCCUGGACGCCGUUCUACGAAGACAAGACGAGGAAGGGGGCAGGGUCGAUCACGGCGAUGUGAUGAGAGAACUGUUUGGUGGGGAACUCGCUGUCUUCUUCUGA